AUUUCCCGGAUAACCGAGGGGCCGAGGGCGUGGGCGGGCGCCGAGCCGGGAGCCCCCGGCCCAGACCUGCCGCGGCCCGAUUGCACCCGGGGAGUUGGGGCGGAGAGGGGAGGGCGGGCGAGGCGACCGAGACGGACAGUCCGAGAGACCCGGGUCCCGAGUGCAGGCAAAGUUCCUCCGCGUGGGGGCGUAGGGCGCGCUGCAAAGGCCUGGAAGAGAAGGGAAAGCCUGUCAGCCUCUGGAGUCUCAACCUGCAGAGGACCAAUGCCUGGCCCAAGGAGGGAGCUGGAGCCAGAGGAGAUGGCCCCCGGGAGCCGCAGGCCCCCAGCCCAGAAGUUGGUGAGAUUGAAGGAUGUGAUUGUGGAUUUCACCCCAGAGGAGUGGGCCCUUUUGGACCAUUCUCAGAAAAAGCUGUACAAGGAAGUCAUGGUGGAGAAUACCCAGAACCUGCUCUCCCUGGGUCUUCCAGUUUCCAGAGAAGAUUUGAUCUCCCAUUUUGAGCAAGGAGAAGUGCCAUCGAUGCUGGAGAGAGAAGGCCCAAGAAACUUUUGUCAAGGUGAGUGA